AUGCUGCACUCCAUUGCUACAGAGGUGGCUGAUGUGCCAGCCGUGGGAAGCGACAAGAAGCUUCCUCCGAGCUACCAGAGUGAUUCUGGUGAGGCUUCGCCUUCCAAGUCGCCUGUUUCGCCUGGCACUGCAGUGAGGAGUCAAACCGAGACGCGCCUGCAGUGGCGCAAUAAGAUGGACAACUCGCUGCGGCGCCUGAUGUUGAACAUGGAGUUGGAUGGUGACGAACGCCUCAGGGACUUUGCACACCAAGCGCGGUGCAACCACCUCGACAAGAUCUUUGACUGGUACACCACCCACGGGGGCAAGGAGGUACGCAAGGAGGCUCAGAGGGCCACAGCUCCUGCUUUCGUUCGCUACAACCAGGACGGUCCCGUAAUGCCCGGUUCGCUGCGAGUGCCCAAAACGCCAAAGCUCGACAAGCAGAAGGCACCAGCCAAGAAGGACGUGGCGCUGCCCGGCCUUUCUCGUGGCGUCUCCUCUCCAGCGCUCGUCGCUGCAGGUACCUUGAAUGUGGAGAGUCCUGCGAAUUCUCCGUGCCCAUCGCCGAAGGCGAAGGCAGCGAGAUGA